ACAGAACGCCACACCAUCGAACACCGGCGAACGGAGCGGCAUUCGCUGACAGACGUGCGCCGAUGAAGCAUUAACAAAUAACUGGCCCCCGUGUUGAGAGAUAUAGACGGCAGGCAUCCCGAAAGGUGUAUAUAUAACUACUAUACCCAGUUGAAUAAUAAAAAUAAAAAACCAAAGGAUGGGUGGCUGUUGCUCAAAGGAUCUGGACGAUAAGCGCUCCUGGAGCCCCGAGGAGACCAAGAAUGGCAGCACCACCUCGACCAUCAUUGCCCAGCCGCUGGAUGAAGUGGGCACCACCGGCGUCUUCACAUUAACCCGCACCACAACCAGCACCACGCGCCAGGAGAAGACGGUGACCACCACCAAUGACGAGCAGGUGGAUUAACUGCCACCUCCCAAAAUAUAAAAGAAAAAAUUAAAUUAAUAUAUAAACCAUUUUUUUUUUUUACACCUUUUUUUGGUAUAAAACAAUUUCAAUGCCAUGCGUGUGCUUGUUGUGUGCUGUGAGAGUGUGUGAAUACUGAAAAUGUACAUACCGAAACAAUGUGAAUAUGAAUAUGAAUCAAGUUAAGCUGUUAACGAGUAAUUAUUAAUUGUUAUGCGCCUGAAUUCCAAUUUCUCAAUAAAUUGUUGAAUCGCUAAA